UUCUCCUCCUUCUCCAGGCAGGGAGCGUCGCGUUGCGUUCAGACAGAAACUUCACUCAUUCAGCAGAUCAGAAACUCUCAGAGACACCUUCAUGACCUCUCAGAGAUGACCUUUUGACCCCUGGCCUGGACCGGGGCGCUGUCGGAGAUGGGGCUUCUCGGCUGUCUGGGUGGAUUUUUCAGGAAAGCCAAGACGCUGACUGUGUCCUGUAGGUCCAGACGUCCAGAGGUGGAGGCGAAGGAGGCGUGUGAUUGGCUGAGAGCAGCAGGGUUUCCCCAGUAUGUGCAGCUCUAUGAAGCUGGUUUGUUCCCGAUUGACAUUGCCUCCGUCAGGAGAGACCAUGAGUUUCUGGACCACGACUCCGUCAGAGCGUUAUGCAGGAGGUUGACGACCUUGAACAAAUGUGCUGCUAUGAGCCUGGAGGUUCACUUUCGGUGCAAACAGAGUGAGGACUCUGAAGAGGAUGACGCCUGUGCUCUCAGUUCCCGCUGGGCAUUUCAGCGUGAGAGCAAAACUUGGUCCCGCCUCUGCACCGUCGCCCCUGCCGACGGGGUGGUGACCUUGCGGCCUUCGGCAAGCAGCGACAGCGUCCUGAGCGACUUCAGCCAUGACGUGACCUCGCUGACCUCGGACCUCAGCCUCAGCAGCCUGAGCCUGGACAGCACUCGGGAAACAACGUCUCCGGGGGUCGCGACAAGUGAAAGCUCGGACUUUGCGCAAGUCUCGUCAAGCCGCGGCGACGACGAUGAUGCUGUCGACAGUGGUUCGGCUUCGUCUCCGUCCGUCAGGGAAAAGCCCAGACGCACCUCCAGGCUCUUCUUGCGCCGGAUGGAGUCUCUACGGCGACGGAAUCGUGAGAAGGAGACGGUUACUAUGGGCGUCUCCACGGAAGCAAACUUCCAGGAGACGGGAUUAAGUUUGCACUGCACUCCAGAUGCCAGCCUGCCGGGAAUGACCACAAAUAAACAUUGUGUUGGCAAGGAUGCCGCAUGGAAGUCUCACACGAUAUGCCGGACCAACUUCAGCCAAUCAGAAGCUCCGAUCAAACCUCAAAGGGUGUGUCUUUAUUUGGAGGAUUAUCAGUUGGCAUGGGAAAGGGAAAAGCCGCACGGCAGACUUUUCGGAAAGGAGAGGCGGAUCGUCCACCUUCCUUCAGACCACAAGCCUGGAACCUUCCCCAAGUCCUUGUCGAUUGAAAGUCUUUGCCCCGCCCCGCUCUCUGAGUGCAGUGACCGGAUUGGCUGGCCUGUAGAUGAUGGCGAUUUCUCGUUGGGUGGUGGCAGCAGCCGGAGUGAAUCGCAGGACUUUCUUACCGCUGGUUUCGGGAAGAGACGCAACUCAGCAGGUUCGAUUGGGAGCGUUUACGACAACGUUCCGGAGGUUUCCGCCGAGGAAGAGUCUUCCACGUUUGAGGAAGACACAGCGUUCCAGCAUCUGGAUGAUAUUCUACAGCAGGUCCAUGGGCUGCAGCUCAAUAUAGACCAGUGGUCACAUUCGCUCGAGCAGCAGUUACAAGACCACCCGUCCAACUCUGAGAGCGAGUCUACGGCUGAAACUACUUUACCCGGCAGCCUCCAGUACGAGGAUCGGUCAGUGUCGGAUAUGGGGAUGACGGUUAGCGACUAUGAAAGUGCCGGAAAUUCGUUGAACGACGGAGACGGAGAUGGAGAAAUGAGAGAGAGGAGAGACUCAGGAGUGGGAGCGUCCCUAACUCGGCCGAGCAGGAAGUUGCGAUGGCACAGUUUUCAGAACUCCCACCGUCCCAGUGUUUCGUCAGCGUCUCAGGAGAUCAACCGUCAGUCAGCAGCUCAGCUGAACCUGCUGCAGAAGUACAGCCUGCUGAGACUGACCGCUAUACUGGAGAAGCACUGCGACAUGGGCAAACACGGCUGGAGCUGGGCCGUGCCGAAGUUCAUGAAGCGCUCCAAAGGGCCGGACUACAGGGACAAGCAUGUGUUUGGUGUCCCGCCAAUCGUGAACGUCCAGCGGACCGGGCAGCCCCUCCCACAGAGCAUCCAGCAGGCCAUGAGGUACCUGCGCAGCCAGUGUCUGGAGAAGGUGGGAAUUUUCCGGAAGUCUGGAGUUAAAUCCCGUAUCCAGGCCCUCAGGCAGCUGAAUGAGAAUUCCCCUGAUCAUGUGACCUAUCAGGGCCAGUCGGCGUACGACGUGGCGGACCUGCUGAAGCAAUAUUUCAGAGACCUGCCUGAACCCGUCCUGACCUCCAAACUCACAGAGACCUUCCUACACAUUUACCAGUUCGUUCCUGAGUGUCAGAGGCUGCAGGCGGUUCAGGCUGCUGUGGUCAUUCUGCCUGAUGAGAACCGAGAGGUUCUGCAGACGCUGCUGUAUUUCCUCAGUGACAUCGCGUCUGCGCAGGAGAACCAGAUGACCGCGGACAGCCUGGCUGUGUGUCUGGCUCCGUCAAUACUGCAUCUGAACUCGUCCAAACGAGACGGAACCUCACCCAGGUUGAUCAACAGGAAAGGAGGAGCCAAACCUGACCACAAGGACCUGAGUGAGAACAUGGCUGCCACGCAGUGCCUGAGUCACAUGAUCACGGAGUGCAAGAAGCUCUUUCAGAUUCCUCACGAGAUGAUGCUGCAGUCGCGUAACUCGUACGUGGCGGCGGACGCUCAGCCCCUCCCCCUGCACGGUUUCGGGGUGAACGCGCGGGGCGAGCGCGUGGACUAUCGCGCGUAUCUGGAGGAUAACGUUCAGUGUUUGAUCAGAGAGGCUGCAGAGAAGAGCAAAGGCUGGCACAGUACACACGGCCCAGAUAACACCGAGCUCGCUUACAGGAAGGUGGGGGACGGCCACCCGAUUCGUCUGUGGCGUGUUUCGGCAGAAAUGGAGGCUCCGCCCCCGGUGGUGCUGCAGCGUGUGCUGCGAGAGCGCCACCUGUGGGACGAGGAUUUACUGCACAGUCGCGUGAUCGAGAGCCUGGAGAACAACACUGAAGUGUUUCACUACAUCACCGACAGCAUGGCGCCGCACCCUCGCAGAGACUUCGUAGUGCUGAGGCGUUGGUGCACUGAUGCGCUGCGGGGUGUGUGUAUACUCGUGUCCUCUUCUGUCGACCAUGACAACGUGCCGUUGGAGGCGGGACUAAGGGCGGUGCUUCUGACAUCACGCAUUCUGAUUGAACCGUGUGGAAUGGGGCGGAGCCGUCUAACACACUACUGCAGAGCGGACUUACGGGGGCGCUCUCCUGACUGGUAUAACAAAGUCUUUGGUCACCUGUGUGCGGCAGAGGUCGCUCGGAUACGCGCCUCAUUUCCUGUGCUGUCAGCCAAAGGACCCGAGACUAAAAUCUGAGCCGAAGAGAGAAAACGGCGUGAAACUGGAAAGAGAAACGGUUUUACGACUGGAGGGAAUGUUACGCACCAGUGUUACCCUUUGGACCCUGUUUAAAGCCAUAGUUCGCAGACUGAACCCCAGUUUCCUUCCUUAACUAACGUGUAGCCGAUCAGCCAAGAAAGUCUGGUUCUUUAGUUUUAGCUCUGGAGCUACAAGGCUAAUAGCUAGCAAAUAAUGAAAGAUUAUACCCCACCAGUUAGCAUGGUGCUAACUGCAUGCCUUGCCUCAAACCAUGCAGAGUUGUUCAGUAUCUCUAAUAGACCUGAUUAUGUGGUUUCUGACACUGUAUGACUCACUGUGAUCUAUAAACAUGGACAGAAGUACGUUUGCAUAGCUUAAAAACACACUACGCAUUUUAGCCACAGGUUUUUAGCAUCAAGAGCUAAAACUAAAGAAGCAGACGUCACCAGGCGCGUCUUGGCUGGUCAGCCACGUUCGGAGAAAAGGCAAAAACUUUUGACGGUUUGAUUUUUUACAAAGGAAAAGUGUUAAAAUUAAUGAUUCGUAUCGUCUCUGCAUGAUGAAAUCAGCAGCGCCAGCUUAGCUUAAUGCUAAUCGGUUUCAGUUUUGUAUUCAUGCACGUCGUACAGGUUCAGCAUCGGAACACGAUGAUGUCACAGUGUCGUGAUUAUAAAUGAAGAUGCUGUGAUGUCACAAUUGACAUGAUGAUACAGUGUUGAAGCUGAGGAUGGUGCGAUGAUGUCACAAUUAAGGAAUUUUUUUUUAAGCUCUUGAAAUUCCUGCUUUUAAACCAUUUAGGAUAUCACAGCCAGCCAAUCAGGAUAUCACAGCCAGCUAAUCAGGAUAUCACAGCCAGCCAAUCAGCAGACCCGAUUUUUAACUAAGGACGAAUAUGUAAAUGAGCAAACAGUUUGAAUUAUAUGCAAGAAGGUCUAUAAGACGAUAUAUGGGCCUGGCACUCUUAUGCAAAUGGACACAGGCUUCUGUUGUUUGUUUGUUUGUUUGUUUGUUUGUAUUUGUUUCUUUUGUGUGCGAAUGGAAACGUCCAGAUUAAUCCUCAGAGGGUCUGAAGUAUUGAGUACAGACUGAUAUGAAUGGGUUCUGUAUCUGCAGAGGGGAAAAUGUGCUGAGACUGCAUUAAACCUUCAGGUUCAUUCAGAACACGUGCACACCUGCUACUCCACUACAGCUGUGUGGGUGUGUGUGGGUGUGGUGUGGGUGUGUGUGUGGGUGUGUGUGUGUGUGUGGUGUGUGUGUGUGUGUGUGUGUGUGUGUGUGUGUGUGUGUGUGUUUGCGUGCAGAGACUCCCAGGAAAUAGCCCAACCACACAUGCUAAUGCUCUUAUCUAGAGCGACUUAUUAUAAUUUGAUCAUUUAUUACUCUAUUUGGUGGCUAAUUGCUAACAUUCGUUCAUAACACUAUCAUUUUCUUCAAUCAAACAUGCUAAUGUUGCUAAUAGAGAAGCAAAUGGGUAACAGUUAGUAUCAUGAAAAUAACAUGGUGCUACUUGGUGACUGCUUGCAUUCAUUGUUUGUAAUUGAAACAUGCUAAUGUUGCUAAUAAUUAGCAAAAGUGAAUAGCUUACAGUUAACACCAUGAAAUGAACCGCGCUCGCCGGAGUCAACAGUCUGAUUGGCUCUUUUUGUCGAAGGGAGGGACUUUUUCCAUAAACAGACGCCGGGUUGAGCGUUGAACUGUUUCCUCCAAUACUUUCAGUAUUGCUGACCAUGAGCGUUAGCCAAUUAGCAUGAAGCCAUGUUAUUUUCAUGAUGCUAAUUGUUAGCUAUACGCUUUCUUUCGUUAUUAGCAACAGGAACGCGUUUAAAUGACGCACAUGCUAAUGUCUCCAACAGUAAAAGUCGUUAGCCAACAAGUAGCAUGUAAUUUUCACGAUCACAAGUGUUAUUUAUACACUUUUACACAAUAUUAGCAACGUUUGUUUGAAUGAAGAACUUUAUGAUGCUGCCAACAGUGAAUGUAAGCAAUUGGCCACUGAGUAGCAGGACAUCAUGUUAUUUUUGAAAGGCUAAUCGUUAGCUAUUCGCCUUCAUUCAUUGUUAGCAACAUUAGCAUGUUUGAAUGAAGAACCGUAAAUGUAAACAAUUAGCCUCCAAGUAGCGCGACGUCCUGCUAUAACAACUAUACUAUUUGUUAGAUGUUUGCUUUCAGUCAGUGUUUGUUGUCGUGUGGAUGAACGUUCUGAACCGUCCUUCUGUUUAUCUGUUCGUGACUUAAGGAAGUUAAAGCGAAACUCUCUGUUUUGCAUGUUUGCAUGAAUGUUCUUCUAAAACUGUGAGGAUCUCGAAGCCAAAUGACCUUUGAUUCACUCAGGCCGACCUGUAGUGACUUAGCACUUAUUUUUAUGCUGGUCGCUACGUUUAUAAUCCAAAAUAAAAGCUCCCUCUUCAGGCUCCGCCCACAAAUCUGUUCUUUGGUAGCUACUGUUGUGAGGUUGGGUGCUUAUAGCCUGCGCUAGCUAGUAAACUAGCAAGGCUAAUAAGCUAACAGUGUUAGCUAGCUAGCUAUAACAGCUAAAGCCUUUCUGUUUAGACCGUAAAUCAGAUAUUUAUGAUUGCACGCCAAAAGACUACCUAAAGUACCCUGACAUGGUGCACAUACAAAAUUAAUAUAGAUUCAUAUGAAUAACCGACUCUAAAUGUAGGUAUUGUGAUAUAAACUGAGUCUGUUCUACAGUUUCUCAUUAGGCUGAAUGAAUAACUGAC